AUGUUUAAUAAUAAUAAGCGGAAAGAAAAACCUUUUAAACGUGAAUUUCUUUCAACAACGCCAAUAAAUUCUAAUAUUACACAAUCCACACCUACUUCAGGAGCAGCAAACUCUUCAUGUUCAGCACACCAAGACCAGGGACGAGAACAACAAGACCGACAACGGGGGGAGCAAAAACCAUUAAUUAUGUCACCUGCACGCUCAGAAAUAACCAUUUCUCCUGGAAGGUCAUUACCACGAAUUACUUCUGCAACACGAAAAACUGUAACACAACUUGAUCCAAUUUCAUUAAAAAAUUCUCUCGAUGAAAUUUUAGGUAUCAAUAAAGAAAAAUAUUGGUCGUCUAUACAAUCAUUCGUCAAAGGGGAACUAAAUAAAGUUGAAUUGGAUCUUUGUGCGCAUUCUUUAUUAUCAAAAGAACAUGUUCAUUUACAUGAUAAAUUUAUUCGUGCGAGCAUAAUGUUAAAGAAUACAUGCAAAAAAAAUCAGAAUAACGUUAGAUAUGCUUCAUCACCUUAUAAAGAAAAAUCUCUAGAGAAAAUCAUGUCUUCAAUAGGAAAGGAAGAAAGGGAUAAAUUAUGCGUUAUUUUAAAAAGAGCACGAAAUAAUCAAGCAACUUCACGUUCCAAUCCAGAUUUAAUGUUAUUUGAGAAAAGGUUUCCUAAAAAUGUAUUUGAUAGAAAUUUCGUUGAUCAUUCACAACCUUUAACCUCUUCAUCUUCAUUGAGUGAGAAAGUGGAAGAAAUUUCAGAAUUCGAUUCUAUUUAUACAAAAAUGACAGAAAUCGCUUUGGAUAAUGGAUUAAUUGGUGGCGUUUCUGAAGAUUGUGCAAAUUUGAUGAUUUAUGCAUUGGAGUCACAUCUGAAGAGUAUUGUUCAUGAUUGUAUAAUUAAGAUUAGAUCAGAUAAUUUUCAUAAUGAACAAGGUAAUUCGGCAAUCUCUUUAAAUGAUCUUGCAUUUUCAUUAGAAAUUUCUCCUUACAUUUUAGUGGAAAAUAAUUUUAUGUUGGAAAAAAUAAGAAACUCCCGAUACGUUCGCUAUAUGUAUCUACUGAAUACUAUAAGAGCUUUAAGCACCACAACUCUCAAAGGUACUGUCCAAGACAGUUUAAUGAAACCUGUUACUAUUUUGAAAUGUCCAGAAUCUCAUGAUCUUGACGAAAGUUACGAUACUUCACAGAAUAUGCUAGACUAA